AGUGUUACGUCGUGUUUCAGAGCGCCCAGGCCACGGGCCCCAAAAACCGUAUCGCCAACGGAACAAUCAGAAUAAAUCGAAUAAAUAUAAGCAAUAACUGGGAAUACUAUAUAUUAUACGUAUUGAUAAAUUCCCCCCUUUGGGAAAGUGAGUGUGUGUGAUUCGAUCGAUCGGUAAUCCUUUUUGUUCGGAGCCCUUUUCUCUCUGCAGAAUAGAAAAGAAAAACAGCAUCCGUCAUGCAGGUCUUCGAUAACAAUAUGCGACGUGCCUCACGACGUGCAUCCCUGCGGCGCGGUUCGAUUUCGGCUUUGCCGCAGAAGUCGCACGAGAUUCCCUGGGACAUCUUCGAGCGGCUCUUCAUGCCCUUCCUCUUCUGCCAGGGGGCGGCCAUCGUGACCUCGCAGCUGCUCCACAUCCUGGACAUCUCCAGCAUCUCGACCUUCGCCGUGUUCGUCUGGUUCGCACUGGCCACCGUGGGAGCCGUUCUCUUCUACCACUUCGUCAAGGUAUCCGCUUCGGGCAAGGGCGUGCUAAUCACUGGUUGCGAGGCCCCAUUGGCCUGGUACUUGGCCAAGAAACUGGACGACCUGGGCUUCACCGUUUACGCCGGAUUCAACACGCCCAUCGAGGAGUCGGACGAGGCCAAGAUUCUCAAGGAGGAGACCUCGGGCCGCAUGAAGCUGCUGCAUCUGGACAUCACAUCGGAGAAAACUAUUCUGGAAGCUGCCCGCUAUGUGUCGCAGCAUUUGCCCCAUGGCGCUGAAGGGUUGUGGUCCGUGGUGCACUGUGCCCACUGGAUCGCAUUGGGUGAACUCGAGUGGAUUCCAUUUGCCGUGCUGCGCAAGAGCUUGGACCUGAACCUUUUGGGAUCUGCCCGCCUCACCCAGAUAUUCCUGCCUUUGGUGCGCCGUGCCCACGGUCGCGUCGUCUUCCUGACCUCCGGACUGAACCGCGUUCCCUCGCCCGUGAGGGGCAUCCAGAACGCCACCCAAGCUGCCGUGGAUUGCUUCGCCGCCUGUCUGCGCCAGGAGAUGCGCUCCCGCGGAGUGGACGUGUCCGUCGUGGCAGCCGGAGAAUUCGCCCCCGGCAAUGGCUGGCUGAACGAGACCGAGCUGCGUGACCAGGCCAAGCAGAUGUGGAACCAGCUUUCCUCGGAGCAGAAGAAGACCUACGGCGAGGAUUACUACGAGGCGGCGAUGACCUCGGUGGAGAAGUAUUCGCGACAGGCUGCCGAUAUCCAGCCCACGCUGCGUGUCCUCAUCGAUGCCGUUACCAGGACCUUCCCGAUGGCCCGCUACACCCCGGUGACCUCCGCCGAGAAGCUGCAGAUCUUCCUCGCCGAGCACCUGGCUCCCUCCCUCUACGAAUCGCUCUACGGCGAACAGAAGAAGUUCGUCUACUGACCAACCAACUGAAGCAAACCCACCCACCAGAUCCCCUUUAAUCCACGGAAACGGCCCGAAAUUGUUAUUCGGAAAUUGUUAUUCAUUUAUGAUUUACCCCGAGAAGUCCCUCCUUCCCCCGCAACCUGCUCCUUGGCGCGCUCGAGAAGGACAUCCAGAAAAAGGAACUGUAGCCGGGAGCACUGUUCAAGGAGUUCCGCCAGUCGAUGAGCAUUUACGUCCUUCCCUCGAUUAUUCUCAUAAUUUUCUGCGCGCGCCUGCAUAAUAUUAUUUUCUUUAGUUGCUAGAACGAAUUGUAUAACGAUGAAUAAAAUGAAACGGAAACAAUAA